AAUUCUAUGUUUUCUUUUUGCGAUUUUCAAUCUUCUUUUGGUUGCAAAUUAGGGUUAUAUAGAGACUGGGAGGCUCUCAAUGCUCUAAGCUCUUCGCAUAAAGAGUAAUUCGGCAUCUGUAAUUACUAAUGAGAAACAGUAGGAGAACCAGUAUUCCUUUGUAAAGAAAUCGGAGAAGGAUUUGGAGGAGAGAAACGAAUUUCGAAUUUGAAAUUCUCACGAGGAAUCAACGGAGCUUACGUCCUCUUCUUUUCGUUUCUAAGUGAUUUACAGUGCUUCAUUGCAUUCUUGGCUUUUAGUUUUAUAUGAAAUAGGAUCGAUGAGAAUAAUUCAGUAGCUAUUGGAAGCACAGAAAAAGCAAAAACCUUCGUUUGAGCUAUCUGGAAAACUUGCUGCAGAAACCAAUAGAUUCAGGGGGUUCCUGAUGGAUUCUGAAGCAGAAGCUCUUGAGGAGAAGCUGACGUCUUUGUUUGGUCAGCUCCGAGCUGAGUGUGCUAUUCUUGAAAGAGUGGUCUACAAGAACAAGAACCAGCAUAGACGUUCCUCGUACUUCCAGUACCUAAUGAAGGUAAGGAGGGAUUUGAGGCUUUUACAAUCAACUAAGUUGGAGGAGAUUUUGGGCUGCUGUUUCCAAAGUAUCACUGGAAAGAGACCCAAGCAAAAGGUGCAUCUAUUAGAAAGUUUGAAGAGAAGAAAAUGUGAAAGUGGAAAAUAUAAUUUCAUGGAACGACUUCUGGGAGCUGCACAUCUUUUAUCACAGAUGGUUGAACCAAUGUUGAAGGCUGCUAUUCAGAUAUCUGCAUUGCUGGCUCGAUCUUUUUUCAUGGGAUUCUCUUUGACUAUCUUAGCUUUACUUGCACGACUUCGAGUUUUGGUUCAACAGAUUCUGCUUGAUGUUGUUUCAGUAUUCAACAUGGUUUCUUCUCUCUCCCAAAAGAAGCAAUCAGUUAAAAUAAAUCAAGAAGGAGUUGAGGUCUUAAGGGAGUUUUACCCUACACAAGAGGAUUUUAUCACUCUGGAGUGCGUGUGGAAAUCUGAUAAAUUUGACUUGCUUGAGAGGACACAAAAGAGCCAGAUUGCAGUGUCAGGGCACACUUCUGCGGCGGGUAGGUUUGUGUUUUGAUGACAUUGGAGGGCAGGCUGCGAAUUGUCCUAAAGAAUAUCAAAAGGUGUCUUUUCCCACUGUUCUACAGUAUAGAUUGUAGGUGGUGUAUUCCAUGCACCUACAGUGUGUUGGGAUCAGGCCCAUACCUAGCCCAAUUAACACCGAAGCCCAUUAAUUUAUUUAAGUACCUCUAGACAACUUCUGAGUAGAUAGUUCACACGUCUCCACCUUGUUGUGAGGGACGUUCCUAUAUGUAUGCUACUGCCCAUUUUCAGCCAUCUAUCAAAGAAUGAAUUCAGUUUA